AUGGGUAAAACGGAGCGUUGCACGCUACUUCUAUCAAAAUGGUUCGUUCUUCGAUGCCAGAACCUCAAGGCAUCCGACUGGGGAGCCGUGUCUGCCGCUGUAUCCUUCGCUUCUGGUCCUGAAACCAUGAAAUCGUCCGUUCAAUGCCGUCAUAAGAUGGAACAGCUGAGGCAGCGGUUCCGUGCGGAAAAGCAACGGAGCCUUAAAAACCGAGGUUUUGAUCAUUGUUUAAAUGGUGGGUAUGGUUCAAUCUUUUAUUUUGAUCACAAAAUUGGAGGUGGGUAUGGGGUGAAGUUGCAGGAUAACGGGGAUUCUGUGACUGAAGGAAUUAAAAAAUUUAAGAUUAAUGGUGGAACUAGAGAUGGUUAUGAUUCUAUGACUGAUUUUCAUCAUAGUUUUAGUCAAGGUAUUGAUAGUGUUGGACUUGGGAAGGCUCCUCUCAAGACCUCAGGUGAUAAGAGUUGUAUGAACCUAGGGUUCAAGCCAAAGAAUCAUGGUAGCUCUAAUCUCAAUUAUGAUUACGAUAACGAUUUGCAAGAGUACGUAGACGAAGGAAUGGGGUUUCAAGCAAAAGUUUCAGGUGCUUGGGAUUCAGUCCCUCGAGGGCCAGAACUCGGAGUGAAGAAUGGUAAUGGUGGAGUCAAGAGGGGCAUGGAUCCAGUGGAGGAGAUGGUUUCCUCAAUUAAGUUGUUGGCUGAAGGGUUUGUGAGGAUCGAGAAGAUGAAGAUAGAGAUGGUGAAGGAUAUCGAGAAGACGAGAAUGAAGAUGGAAAUGAAGCAUAAUGAGAUGAUACUUGAGUCACGACAAAAGAUCAUGGAUGUGUUUGCCAAGGCAUUAUUGGAAUAG